AGCAUACGCACGGUGCGGCGGCGAACGAGUCAAGCAGUCUGACGGCAGCCGUUGGACGGCUCGAACGUAACGAGGUGACUGUCGCGCAGAGUGAAACGAACCAAACUCCCACCCCCCGUGACGGAGUAGGCACUGCAGGUCGCGUUGGUUGUUGUUGCGGUUUCAGCGAGCAUUCAAGCAAAGUGACCAAACAAACAAAGCGUGAAACGACAAAAACAGCAAGUGCAGCGUGUUUUCACUAUCCCCAGCAAAGGCAGCAAAUUUCCUUGGCCACUGCGGAGAGUGGAGUAGAAGGCGCCAAAAUACAGAACAGUGGCACUGAGUUUGAUACAGUACGUCAACAAAGGGCUUCAACAAACACAGAAAAAGCGAAACACAAAAUGUCCUUCACAGUGAGUAAUGGCGCCACAAGGCUGCUGCUGACGGUGGUCGUGCUGCUGCUGCCAACUGCAUCCAUACAAGCACAGCAAGAGCCAGGUGAUCGUGUGUACAAGCCGGAAAUGGACGAUCUCUACAUUACGGUGAACGCGCGCACCCGCACCCUCGAGCUGGCGUGGCGCAAUUUCGACGAUCUAUCCAAUUACAUACUGCUGGCGGAACAGUACCCGGUGGAAGCGUUCGAGCCGCGCCAGUACUACUACACGACCGGUAGCUCGGGGACCACCACCGACGCUUCGGACGGCGGUGCGAGCAGUGGGACGACACCGGCGAUGAUGAUGCUGAUGGGUGAUGAUGAUGCGAGCAUCGCCCUCAGCUCGCCGGAAGUGACCACCUCGGGCACUACCGAAAAUAGCGUCUCCGACUCGACGACCGGUGAGAUGGAGCUCGUCUGGGCGUACGACUUCCGGGACGAGUCGGGCUACCGGCAGAAGGAGGUGCUGUUUUCCCUACAGCCGGUCUACACCAACGGGUGGACCAAAACCGGUAUCAAAUUUAAUUACGAUCUCCUGAACAGCGUCAACACCAACACCAGCUGCUACGGGUACUACGCGUACUUCGUGCGCCCGAACGGUACCGUCCUGUCGGCGCACUGCAUGAAGCUCCAUCCCCGCUGGAUGACCGAUCUGCGGACGCAUCUGAGCCCGUUCCGCAUGCGGGAGCUGUUCAUACCGGGUACGCACGAUUCCGCCUCGUACAAGGACGGGUUCGAUCCGCUGCACCAGGAAACGAUCAUCACCAAGUACUCGCUGACGCAGGACGAGGACGUGUACGGGCAGCUGCUGCACGGCAUCCGGUACAUCGAUCUGCGCGUCGGGUACUACAAAAACAGUCGCACCCCGUUCUGGGCGAACCAUGGCAUAUCGCGGCUCCAUCCGCUGAUCAACGUGCUCGAGCAGAUCAAGCGUUACGCACAGGAAACGAACGAAAUUAUCGUGCUGGACGUGCAGGAGUUCCCGGUCGGGUUCGGCAAGGAGUACAACAUCCACACGAAGCUGAUCGAGUUUCUGCAGAGUACGCUGCGGGACGUGAUGGCCAGCCCGAGCAUUGGAUGGUCUGGGACGCUGGGUGAUGUGUGGGCCGGUGGCAAAACGGUGAUCGUGGCGUACGAUCUGGAGUUUGCCUUCCGGUCGUUCCCGGACGUGGUGUGGCGUUCGGUGCAGCAGCGCUGGGGCAACGUGCAGAAGGUGAACGAUCUCAAGGACUACCUGUUCAAGGUGCACCAUCCAAAGGGAUUCCGGGAGUACUCGUUCCGCCCGGUAGCCGAUAUGGCUGAGCUAACGCCCGAUCCCUGGGGUGUGAUCACCGACCGCUACGGUGGGCUGCGCAAGAUGGCCGACUCGGUGAACCGGUUCGUCACCAAGUGGUACUUUGAAGAUCUCGGCCCAACGGCCAACGUGGUCGCCGUCGACUUUGCGCGGGGUACGAGCAUCGUCGAGGCGGCCAUCUACUGGAAUCUGAAGCGUGUGCCAAACGGUCCAAUAAACCUACAUCGCUGAUCAGUAGUCA